GUAACUUUGUCAUAACCGUAACUCAUUCAAAACUUGAAAAGUCAAUGAAUCUUUUAAGGAGUACAAUCCUGUUGUUGCAAGUAAUGCUCAUCUUGCCAAACAAAAACAAUAUCUUUGAGAGCUGGUCUUAAAUCUUCCUUCACUAUAUUCUGGAAUUCUAAUGUGUCACCGCCAGAUUUCAUCUCAACCAAAUGGAAAGAUGGAGCGACUUCAAAUAUUUCAACAUCAAUGGAAAGCGGUUCUUUUCUACCUGCCUUGGAUUUCUCCAAUUUCAGUAGCCCUCCAUCCUUCUUAAUGAUCUUUUUCAAUUCCGUUUCAAAAUGUAGUCGCAUUUCUCCAAACCCAUUCUUUCUGAUUAAUGAAUUUUGUUUAUCAGUUCUGGAACCAAACUACAAUGUCUUGUUCAAAACCCAUCUCUUCUUUCCGACUCACCUCUCUCCUCCGCUCUCAGAAAGAUCCAUCACUGGCCCUUCAACUCUUCCUCAACCCAAACCCUAACCACCCCUCCGUCCACCCCUUCCGCCAUUCCCUCUGUUCCUAUGACCUCAUUAUCACCAAACUUGCCCGAGCCAAAAUGUUCCCCCAAAUGGAAGACCUACUCAACCAACUCCACACCCAAACGCGCUUCCCUACCCCGGAACCCCUCCUCCGCUACGUCAUCGCUGCUUACGCCCGCGCUGGCCUCCCAUCGCGCGCCCUCCGCACCUUUCUCUCCAUGCCCGCCCCCUCACUCCGCUCAUUCAACUCCCUCCUCCACUCGCUGCUAGCUUGCCGUGACUUCGCCUCAUUCACGCGCCUCCUGCCGCACCUCCCCCGCUUUUGCGGUCCCGACGCAUGCUCCUACAACAUCCUUAUCCACGCGUGUUCUCUAACGGAUGACCGCGAUCGGGCGUGGAAGCUGUUCAACGAAAUGCUUAGGCGAGGCGUUCGUCCGAAUCAAAUUACGUUCGGAACUCUGAUUAACUUGCUGUGCAAAAGCCCUCAAUUGCACCUUCCCCAGGCGUUUAAGGUGAAGGAAGAGAUGGAUAGGGUUUUUAAAAUUAAGCCUAAUGUUUUUGUGUACACUAGUUUGAUUAAAGCGGUUGGCGAGGUGGGUGAUUUUGAUUCCGCGGUUAGGUUAAAAGAUGAGAUGGUGAGGAACAAUUUGAAGCUUGAUGUUGUGGUGUACAACACUUUGGUUUCGGGGUUUUUAAAAGGAGGGAAGAAGGAUAUAGGAUUUAGGGUUUUGGAGGAAAUGAAGACUGGUGGUGUGAAGCCGAAUUCUGUGACGUGUAAUGUGUUAAUUGGGGAGUUUUGUAGGGAGGGGAAGUUUGAAGAGGCUUAUAGGAUUUUGAAUGAUGGGUUAGAGGGUGUGAAGCCUGAUGUUUUUGGUUACAAUGUGGUCAUUGGUUGGCUGUGUGAAGAGGGGAAAUGGAGGGAGGCUGAUGAUUUAUUUCGGGACAUGCCAAGGCGACAAUGUGUUCCUGAUGUUGUGACUUACCGCACCUUGUUUGAUGGGCUUUGCCAAUGUACGCAGUUUGAGGAAGCUGGGUUGGUUUUAGAGGAGAUGAUUUUUAAAGGCUAUGUUCCUCGUUCCUCCCGUUUGAAUGAGUUUGUUGGUAUGGUGUGCAAGGAAGGGGAUUUUGAGUUACUAGGGAAGGUUUUGAGUAGUUUGGUAGGUGGGGGAUUUUACUGUAAGGAUGUGUGGAAAACUUUAGUCUUAUUGGUUUGUCAAUCGGAAAAGUUGUUGGGAGCUUUUGAGCAUUUUGAUGAAUUGGUGUUGGCAUGAAUUCUUUAUUGGGUUUCUGUGAAUGUGCAGAGUGAUAUUCUGUUAGUUCCAAAAUACGUAUUUCAGGGAUGGUCUGGACUCACCAAAUCUGGCGAAACAUUGAACUAGAUCUAUAUCAGAGAGGUGAAUCUCUAGUCCACAAAGCGAUGAUGAAUGUCCAUGAAGAGCAAUUGCAAUCAAGUACUAAAGGCUUGGAGUAUUGUUUAGGGCACACCUUUUGUUGAAGGAGAUAUGCUAACUGAGGCCUUCUAAGCUCCCCCUUCCAACAAAGGGUCAUCAAGUCACCGGUCCCAUUACUUGUUGAUUCUCAAAACCAGGAGGGUAAGGGUCCUGUUAUAUUUGAUCCUAUUCACACAGAUGCCCAGGUCAAUCAAAUGAGAUAGUUUGUUCCUGAAGAAUCAGUUCUAUACAUUGGUGAAGCACUGACAAUAUUGAGAAAAGAGAACUGUUGAUUGCAUGUGAAUGAUACAGCUGCAGUUCUUGGUUUUGUUGGGGCACCGUUCACUCUGGCAUCAUAUGUGGUUGAAGGUGGUUCAUCUAAAAACUUCUCAGAAAUAAAAAGAUUGGCUUUCUGAGUCCAAGACCCUGCACUCUUUACUGCAAAAGUUUACAACGUCAAUGGCAAGAUACAUUCAAUACCAAGCUGAUAAUGGAGCUCAAGCUGUUCAGAUCUUUGAUUCAUGGGCAACAGAACUUAGUCCAGUGGAUUUUGAAGAAUUCAGUUUGCCUUACUUGAAGCAGAUUAUCGAUGCUGUGAAGAAAAGCCAUCCAAAUCUCCCUUUGAUCCUGUAUGCUAGUGGAUCUGGGGGCUUGCUUGAAAGACUAGCCUUGACAGGAGUGGAUGUAAUUAGCUUGGAUUGGACAGUUGAUAUGGCUGAUGGUAGGAGGCGACUGGGACCAAAUAUAGCUGUCCAAGGAAAUGUGGACCCUGGUGUUCUUUUUGGUUCCAAAGAGUUCAUCACUGAUAGGAUAAAUGAUACUGUGAAAAAAGCAGGUAGAGGGAAACAUAUCUUGAAUCUUGGUCAUGGAAUUAAAGUAGGUACGCCUGAGGAGAAUGUUGCACAUUUUUUUGAGGUUGCUAAAUCACUCCGAUACUAACCAGCCAACUAUGAUUAACUAUUAUUUUUUUGUUUCUCUUCAGCAUGUCUGUUUGAUUUU